GUUUGCUUUCAGGAAGCUGCAGCCAAUCGGAGGCUGCAACUCAGAAAGCAUUCCUAACCACCGUGAUUUCCGAAAAUAAUGCUCCGGUGCUGAUCUGCUGGAAGUUCUGUAAAAGCUCUGUAGGUUGGCUCAAGCAGAGGAGACCUCAGUGCCCGUGGUGGCUGAACUACGGCAGUAAGGUGCUGCCACAGCGCUGCGCUGAGCGGAUCGUCGGUAAAAUGGACUCCAUGCCCAAGCUCAAGAUUUUUGUGAUGUUGCUGUCUCUGGCUACUUUCACAGCCAUGGUGAUACUGAAUGCUGGAAAUGCCACUGGUCUUUUCAAAGGUCUGUUCCGGACAACCCCUGGCAACAUCUCAGAGAAGUACAGCACCAACUUCACACCAGCUGGUUGGACUUUCCUCAUCUGGAAUGUCAUCUAUGCCUGGCAACUGGCGUGGCUCCUGUAUGCGCUGUCAGGGAUCUGCCGCAGAAAUGAACUUGGAUGUGUCUUCAUGAAGCCAGAUUUGCUGCCAGUGCCUUUUUACAUGGCAUGGAUUCUGAAUAACGGCCUCAAUGUUGGAUGGCUGUUUCUAUGGGACAGAGAAUACCUCCUCCCAGCCCUGCUGUUGUUGGCAGCCCUCACUUUUACCACGGGGGCUGCUCUCUUCAUUUCACACAGAGCCUUGAGUAUCCAUUCCACGUGGUUCGUGAAGGGCCACCAAGCUGAUCUCUGGCUCAUCCGAAUCCUAGUGCAGAACGGGCUGGCACUGUAUGCCACGUGGACCACCAUCGCCACUCUGCUGAACUUUGCCAUUGUGUUGAUCUACAAGUGGGAUGUGUCCAAUGAGACAGCAACCACUGCAUCUCUGAGCAUCCUUACCCUCAUGCUUGUCAUGUGGUUUUGUCAGGAAAACUUCUUUCUUGAUAAGUACGUCCGUUAUAACCUCACUGUCUACCCAGUGGUUAUAAUAGCUCUGACUGGCAGCAUGUGCAAGGACUUCUCCAUUUCCUCCCCAACCACCAACGGUGUUUUUAUAGUUGUACUGCUGGCACUGACUUGUUUUAUCUUUGCUGUUCGGCUGGCGUUAGUCAUAAGGAAACACAGUAAUGAACUGCUGGAACCACCACCACCACAGCCAUCAAGUACAGUGGCCUGAGACCUGUGGCACGGUGAUGUUAUGACAAAUGCUUUAGAGGGAGGAGUAAGAGCUGAGCAUCCUGCAACCACUGGUCCUUUCCUCCAGUAACAAUUGCCUUUUUUUGCCUUUUUCUCUUUUUUAAUAUAUUCUGGAUUAGCACAGCUUGUGCCUGCAAACUUGUCCUCCUCCCCUAUUCUCUGAGCUCAGCUGUUUGCAGCUCCACCUCAAACAUGCACCCUCCUCUGCUCAUUUUGCUGUGGAUCAGUGGAGGAAGAGGCCCUGUAGAUGAGUAGCUCUGUAUACCUUUGUGAUGACAGAGCUGCUCCUCCCAGUGUGAGGAGGGCUGUCAGCAGAUGUUUGGCACAGAGAGUUGCCCUCACCCUUUCCUGGGAGCUAUGGUGGGCAGGGGAGGAGGGAUGGCCGAAUACUUCUGACACAGCUGCAAGUCUCCAGCCUAUUUCAGGUUGAUCUAACUCUAGAAACUGACAAUGUGCUCACAUCUCAGCACAUGCUAUUAUCUCUGUUCCUCUGCCUUGUUUUUCCUUCUGACUUUCUUACUAGAGUUUCUCACUGUGUCGAUGCCUCCAUCAGUGGCCCCACAGUAACAGCAGAUCUGUGCCCCUGCCACCCACUCUUUUCAGACAGGGGAGAUCCAGGUGAUGUGGGACCAGUGGAUUGCUUUUCCUGAGCUGUGCCCAUUUCGUGGCUGCCUCCUGCAGGAGUGUGCUUUGCAACCCUUCUGCUGGGAUAUCAGCCAUCCAGGUGCCACACAACCUGACGGAGAGUGAAGCCUGCUUCACAGACCACUUCUUGUUUUCUGAACUGGAUAGAGUGAGAUAGAGUGUAAUGUGGCUUCAACUCCAUGGGCUCGCUUUGGGAAGCCUGAAUGAGAACUGACUGGAUUGUAAGACCUCUGCCUCUAUUUGCUGUGCCUGCUAGAUUUGAUGAUGCCUCGCUGGUGUCUGGAAAAUCUUCCUGGAUGCCUGAUGCUUGGAAACGCUGAAUAUCUGGCAGUAGUCUCACAAAGGUGAAUUCUACUACAAUACAAUGCUAUUGUUUACAUUUAAUGAAGAACUAAGUCUGUACUAUGUGGUUCUUGUCAUUCUAUCAUAUCUUAUUUUUAAAUAAAGCAGCUACUGCCACCGCUUCUCAUGCAACCACAAAAUCAUUAAGGGUAGAAAAGACCUCUAAGAUCAUUUAAGGUCACCAACCCUUCCCACUGUGCCUGUUGUCCAUGUCCCUCAGUGCCACAUCUACACUCUGCAUGAAGCUUGUAAGUAAAUGACUUUUGGAACCCAUGCUUACAGCAGAGGGCCUGACUUCUGCCUUGCCUGCUUCUAAUAUGUCUGCUCUGCACCUGUGGCUCAAGGGCUUGGUCCAGAUCUGCUUCCUACACUUCCAGGUGCCUGUAACAGCCUCAGGAAGCCCUUCAGAUUGUCACAGAGCAACAGCUUGGAGGCAUACGUGCCCCAUUCCUGCAUCUGCUUUGCUGUCUGUGGUGCAAACAAGGUAAAAGGAGCUCCUCACUCUAAGUGCUGUAGCUCCAUGUUCAUCUUAUGCAGACCUCCCUGCAAAGAAUCCUCUGAGAACUGCCCUGAAAUGCUGGUGCUGAGUGAAUCCCUGGGCUGGCCCCACACAAACAAGCUGCUGGCUCCAAGCUGCCUUCCACCACCAUUCCCUGGAGCUGUGGCAGGCAGACAUUCCCACAGCACAGUGCUCCCUGCCAGCAUUGGGAAAAGCAGCUUUCCUUGCAUCCGUGGCAAGAAUGGGAGCCUAAAAAUAUAAUCACCCUGCCUGCCCCUUUCCUUUUAGCUGCAGGCAGGGCAGGGCUGAAAGCUAGUGGUGUAAGCCUUCCUACUUGCUAUGUGCUAUUUUUAAAGGUUGUUUCUUUCUGAAACGCCUUGUUUCCGCUUGUUUUCUAGAAUCAGAAAUACCAAUGAUGUGCUUUUUCCCCCACAACAGAUCACUCUUCCAACAAAGCUGCAUUUCACAAAGCCGCAAGCCUGCCA